AUGAAUAAACGAAAAUUUACAAACAAUUCUUUUUAUUUUUAUGAUCCAAUUAAUAAAGAUUUUAAACAUGUAGAAACUGAAGCUAAUUCUUUAACUCAGUCAAUAAAUACAAAUCAAAUAACACCAACCCUUCCUCCUUUAAUUGAUAUUGCACUUCUUAAUCAAAGAUUAGAUAUUUAUAAAAAAAUUUUAAAAUCACCUACAAAAGAAAAGAAACUCAAAAGAUACAAGUUGGCUCAAGAAGAACAAGAUAUUAAAAACUCAGAAAUAGAUAAACCCCUUUCAAAAGAUAAGCAAGAACAAGCAAAUUUUCGUCUUUUAGAAUUUUUAAUUGAUGAUUUACAACCUUUUACAUUGUUAAAGAAUAAAAAAUUUAAAGCUUUUUGCAAUUUUUUAUAUUCUAAUUAUAGAGUGCCUUGUAUAAGUGAUAAUGAUGCAAAAAUAAUUAAAGCUUUUCAAGAAUUACAAAUUGCCAACAUUUCUUGCAGUAUAUAUACAAUUCAUCUAGCAGUAUCAGAUGGAUUAAAAAUUAAUUUAAGACAAGAAUUAUUAAAAAAAGCUAAAGCACUUAAUCUUUUUCUUGUACAUCAUAAUAAAUAUCAAAAUCAUUUUCUACAAAUUCAAAAAAUUCUUCAACCUACUAAAGACACAUUAGCACCAAUUCAAGAUAUCGAUAACAGGUGGAAUUUCACAUAUAAAGUUUUAGAAAGGCUUCUGAAAUUAAAACAAGCAAUUAAAUUAUUAUAUGAAGCAAUAUAA